CUGACAUCUUGUAAGUGAAAAUGAAAUAUUACACGUGAUGCAUGUGUUAUCUAUCUAUAAGGAUUUAAUCAAUGAAUGAAGAAGGACUUUGCAUGUUUUGAAGAAAUAUCUUUGCUCCACCGUUGCACCUCUGCAGACAGAAAGUUAAAGGUCUGUUGUGUUGACAGAUCGAAAACAAAUGUCAAUGAAUGAGACUGAACUUUGAGACACUUUAUUUCAAUGUGACUGGUCCAGUCUUUGUAUCAUCAGAGCGACUUGAUAAAAAAACAAUAGCAAAAACCAAAGCAGAUUCUGACAAGUUUAUAGUGUAUAAGAAAUAAUGUGUUGGUGAUUAAAUAAUAAAUGUAACAAAAUAUGACAGUCUAAAUCUCUCAUGUGCAUUAAUAACUACUGUCUACACACAAAUCUCCUUACAAUGUAAAAUGAUAGCCGUCCAAUUUCGUAUUCGUAAAUGUCACAUACGGCACCGAUGUGACGUUUACGAAUACGUAAAAGUCACAUCGGUGCUUUUAACGGUAGCAGUUUGAAUGGAUUCUGGUCCAUAAACGCCGCACGACCGACCACUCGUGUAUCAGAGACGCUGUCCACAGCUCUGAGAACAUUCCUGGAUAUUUUAACAGAGGAACACUAAUCUGAUUCUUUUCGAGUCUCCUACUUUGCCACAGCAUCGGUUAACAACUUUUUACAAAGGGACCAGUUGUGGGUAUUUCCGACGGUACCUGAAGGCAUCUUUCCUCUUCCCCGGAAGCGACGUUUUCUUCUUUCCUCAGCCGCGAUUAAGCUAGCAGGUUAGCCAUGUCAGGCGUGGAGGAGACUUCGAAUGAGCCUCUACAAGUUAAAGAAGACCAGGAGUUUGAUGUGGAGGCUGAAGACCACCUCGGGGAUGAUUAUGUCGUUGAUCCGACUCGAUAUAUGUUUUACAGGGACAGAAAGGAGUGGGCUGACCUGGAGGCAGUCCCGCAGGACGAUGGACCAAAUCCUGUAGUCAAGAUCGCCUACUCUGAGAAGUUCUCAGAUGUUUAUGACUAUUUCCGUGCACUCCUAAAGAACGAUGAAAAAAGUGAACGGGCUUUUGCUCUGACAGCAGAUGCCAUCGACCUAAACGCAGCAAAUUACACAGUCUGGCACUACAGGCGAGUGCUUCUUCAAGGUCUGUCGAAGGACCUGAGGGAGGAGAUGAGGUACAUUACUGCCAUCAUUGAGGAGCAGCCCAAAAACUAUCAAGUCUGGCAUCACAGACGUAUGGUGGUAGAGUGGCUGAAUGACCCCUCGGAGGAGCUGGAGUUCAUCGCCGACAUCCUCAGCCAAGAUGCGAAGAACUACCACGCCUGGCAGCACAGACAGUGGGUCAUCCAGGAGUACAAACUGUGGGACGACGAGCUGGAGUUUGUGGAGAAUCUUUUGGAAGAAGAUGUGAGGAAUAACUCUGCGUGGAACCAGAGGCACUUUGUCAUUUCUCACACGACAGGAUUCUCUGAUGCAGCCAUAAUGGAGAGAGAGAUUCAGUAUUGUCUGAACCAGAUCAAGAAGGCUCCUCACAAUGAAAGCGCAUGGAAUUAUUUGAAAGGAAUGCUGCAAGACAGAGGCAUGUCUUCUCAACCAGGUCUGCUGGAGAGAGUCCUGGAGCUAAAGGAGACCCACUGCUCGCCUUACCUUCUAGCAUUUCUGUUCGAUUGCUACGAGGACGCCUUGGAGAACAGUGUCCAGAAGGAAAAUGCGGAGGAAGAUGAAUGGAAGGAAACUUUGAAAAAGGCUCUAGAAAUUUGUGAACUUCUGGCACAGGAGAAGGACACCAUUCGGAAGGAGUACUGGCGGUUUUUGGGACGUUCUUUAAAGAACAGAUUCGGGAGCGGCGGUUCCUCUGAUGAGCCAGACGUCGCCGAGUCGUCGGUGCAACAGGAGAGCAACUAAACCUCCAGGAGACUGAAACCAUUUCCACUCCCUGUCCUGCUUUAUCGAUAGGAUCCACCCAUGGAGUUUGAUAUUGCUGUAAAUUGCUGCAAUGUUUAUUACUGAAGAAGUUUUAAGAAAUAACAAGCAUGUGGUUUUCUGAGGCUCUGAAACGUGGACAUUUAUGUUUUGUACCACAAAAGCAAAGUUUGUUGCAAAAAUAAGUGAAAUAUUUGUCACAUUUUUACUCUCUGGCUGUUCUAAUUCUUUGAAUCUGAAUACAUACAUUAAAAUCUGUACUACUACACCCCUGAGUGUGUUUGCAAGCAAACCAAUAUCCAAUUUUUAGUCCUGAGUGUUGGCAGGUUGUUAAUAUCAUGUUAAAGUAAAAAAAAAAAAAAGUCUUGAAUAAUCAUUGUUUUUAUUCUGUAUUUCAUGUUAAAGCUGGAGUAAGCAAUAGAUUUUAUUUAUUUUUUGGAUCACUGUGCAUAAAUGUCUAUAUUUGCAUGUUAUAGUUAAAGUGGUCUGAGAGAAAACUAGACUUCUGCUCCUCCAACUAAAAGAAAAUCUAACACAUGAAGCGAGAUAUCGACCAAUCCAAGGGUUUUUUCAUCCAGAGCUGUUUAAAUAGAAUAAGUAGCAAAAACAGUGAGAUAUGUAAUGGAUUAUAAAGAGGAUGUUUGAAUCUCUGGUGAUGCCAACAAUUGACUGUAUUUGUGCAUUUGAAGCACAUUCUUGUCUGGUUGGAGGAGCUUCGGAAUUGAAGUUCUAUAUUUUCAAAUUCUUUUAAUUUAUUUAUUUUUUCCAGAUUUCUACCUUUACUCUCUAAACCUCCUUAUAAGACUUUAAUUGGACUGUUGGUUGCGUGCAAACCCACUUUUCUCCUGAAUCCAGGUCAUUAUCUUCAUCAUCUUGUUCAUGUUGGUCAGAGAAUUUGUUUUAACAGACUGAACAGUUAUGUGGACUUCUCAUUUCAGUGAUAAUAAAUGAGUUGAGAUGAAA